AUGCUUAUUUGGAUGGCCAAGUUGACUGUCUGCGAGUUCCUCCGGCGAGUGGCCGGCAUGAUCUGGCGACGAUCGAUCCGACUGUUCCUGCUGUUCCUCUACUACUUCCUCGCGUCGACGCUCGUGGCGGUCCUGAUCGCCACGCUGGCCGAGUGUCAGCCAUUCCAUCACUACUGGCAGGUCGUGCCAGAUCCCGGUCCGCAGUGUCGACUGGGUUAUGCCAAUCUCAUUACGAUGGGCGUGUGCGAUGUGAUUACCGACAUCCUCCUCGUGGUCUUCCCGAUCCCCUUGGUCGUCAUGUCCAACAUGCCGAUCAAGCGCAAAGUCUCGCUCGUGGUCCUCUUCGCCCUUUCUUUAAUCCUCGUCGGCAUCACCUGCUACCGCGUCCCCUCCGUCAUCCACCACAACGGAUCGCAACAGUACCGCACCCUACUCGCCUCUCUCGAGAUCCUAGCCGCCACGGCCGUCUCCAACGCCGUCGUCAUCGGCUCCUUUGUGCGCGACAAAGGCGUCAAGAAAGCCAAGUACAAGAAAGCCCAGGGCUCCGCCUCCGUCAGCGAGAGCCUCGACCACACCACGGUCCGCCGCGCCACCGUCACCCAUCACCAAUGGGGCUCCGACUCCGACCUCGCCGGGGAUCUAGGAAUCCGCCUCGACGCCGACCUCCGCUACUCCGAGACUCAGGGUCCGCGACCUGCCCCGGUCGCCGGGCCUUACCAGCCUUACGGAACACACCCGGGCACCACCGCGGGUCUCAACCCAGACUGGACCUUCAACCACCCGUCCACAAUCACCGAUGACGACGAAGGUACCUCCACGACCGGCAGUCUAGACAUGAAAAUCAGUCCUCACGAGUACAUCGAAACGAACAAAUCGUCUACAACCCCACACCCAUCCUCUUCACCUGGAAAGGUAUCCUUCUUCGACGUCGGUGGUCUUCUCGACCCUUCGCCUUCUACAUCUACUCUGCACGUGCCAGGCACAAACCCUCUCCCUCCUCCUGACCCUCGCUCUCUACCCCCCAACCCGAACCCAAACCCACCCCGACUCACUCACAGCCGCACCCGCACCCGCUCUCGCACCGGAAGCCUCGCCUUCCUCCAAGACGUCGGCGGACUUCUCUCCUCAUCCACCCCGUCCUCACCAACCCACCCGACCAGCGCCCUUCGCACACCAAACCUCUCUUCCUCGUCGUCUGCCUCGGAACGACCCCGACGGGGCUCCAGCGUGCAUUUCGAGCAGCCGGAGUAUCGUCAUUCCGGGUCAUUCCCGAUCCCGGAGGGUCGUGAUGAUGUGGAACUUCAGGAUGUUGGGGGGUUAUUGAGGAGGGAGGGAUGA